AUGGCAAAUCGUACUCACGUGCCAAAAUUCGGAGACUGGACUGAAGAUGCUCCAUUUACGGUCGUGUUCGAUAAAGCGAGCCGGUCAAAGAAAAAUACAAACGUGUCUAAGCCCGACGAGUAUCCAGAUAUGAACCCAAACCCUGCACAAACUCGAAAUUCUAGACAGGACCAACCACCAAACCACAAUGUAAGACCAAGACACGAAAGAUUCAAUAGCAGGGAAGAAACAGAAUUCAGACCUUCUCCAGCACACAACAAUAGAAACAACAUAGUGAGAGCUCCUCCCAUACCAGAGACUUACAAUCACCAAUCAUACGGUGGUGGAGGCAGAUCAUCUGGGGAAACUAAUAGACGCCAACCACAUGAUCCUCCACCGGUCCAACCUAGGCCGAUACGCAACCUCAGAGGUCAGAGCCGUGAAAGGGUGGCGACUAUUCCGCCGUUUCCUAUAUCGGGCUCGGAGAAUCAGAGUUACACGCUCAUAUUUGACAAAGUGAAAGAAGAUAGGAACCAGAGUGAGAGUUCUUACAAUGGAACAGCUCAUAGCACCCCGACACGACCCAUUAACGACCAACGUCAUCAGCCCUUACCUUCUAGUCCCAAGAGUUGCUGCUUUCCUCCUUGGAGUCGAAAGGGGAGCUAUUGA